GUUUAUCUCGUGUCUCGAUGGUUCGGUAUUGCUGUUCCUGGUGGCAAAUUUUGGCGAGUAAUUGGAAUGUGCAUCAUAAUAAUCUUGGCAGUAGUUGAAUGUGGUGCUCUUUGGAAAGUUAUUAAGGCUCUCGCAGGCUGGGCUGUGGACACUGCAAAUCAAAGAAGUAUAACAGCUCGACUUGCAGGCGCAAUGUUUUAUGCGGCUGCAAUUACAUCACAUAUAGUUAUUUGGAGGUUAUCGUGUUCCUGGCAACGGUUGUCGAUCUAUUGGUUGUCAGUGGAAUCAGCACUUAACAUCAAACAAGUGCCGCGUGAUGAAACGUUGAAAAGAAAAUUAAGAACCGUGACGAUCUUUAUAUGUUUCGGAGGAACUGUUGAACAUCUAAUGAAUAUUUUAUCAUCAAUCGGACUACACUGUGCACCUCCCGAUGUGAUGAGAACAUAUAUAUUGAAAUCACAUGGAUUUUUACUUUUAGAACUGAUUGUAAUAACCUCGAUGUAUAUUCAUAAAAAAAUUGUUACAUUGCAGGAUGAAGAAAUAACACAGUUGUAUUUAUGGCGUAGAGUUCGUGAAGCGUACGUGAAGCAGGCCAAACUGGUUCGAGUGACAGACGACUCCUUGGGAGUUGUUGUGCUGGCCUCCUGUUUCUUUAACUUCUACUUUAUCUGCUUGCAUUUGUUUCUAGGAAUUACUCGUGGUAUAACAGGUGAUCCCCUCCAGCAGAUAUAUUACCUGGUGUCCUUGUGUUGGAUCUCCAUCAGAGCCACUUGUGUGAUGCUCGCAGCUGCUGAUGUCAAUCAAUACUCUAAUAGAGCUGUAAAGUAUCUGUCCAACUGUCCUCCAAGAUAUUAUAAUAUUGAGGUUCGGAGACUUCAGGAACAACUUCUCAACGAUCGCGUUGCAAUCAGUGGGAUGGGAUUUUUUUAUUUAACCAAUUCAGUUCUAUUGCAGGUGGCUAGCUCAGUGAUAACCUAUGUAUUGGUACUAGUGCAGUAUGAUAGUUCUGAUCGCAACGACCCUUAG